GGAGUUCAAAACAAGGAAGUAGCUCGGUUUGAAAACACAGACGCACACUGUUGUUACUGUUGAAUGAAAAGUGUCGCGUUUAACUGUCAAAAUGUACAUAGUCGCGUGUGCUCUUGCCCUCGUGGUUUUAAUAAGUCCCGCCGCUGACGCGUUGGACAAUGGCCUCGCGCUGACUCCGACAAUGGGCUGGCUGCACUGGGAGAGAUUCCUGUGUAACACCGACUGUGACAGCGACCCCGACAACUGCAUCAGCGAGCGACUGUACAUGCAGAUGGCAGAUGUGAUGGCGAAGGAGGGCUGGAGAGAGGCCGGUUACGAGUAUGUCUGCAUCGACGACUGCUGGCCCUCCCACCAGCGCGAUGCCCGGGGCCGCCUGCAGGCCGACCCCAAAAGAUUCCCGGGCGGUAUCAAGAAACUGGCCGACUACGUCCAUUCUAAGGGACUGAAACUGGGCAUCUAUGCAGACGUAGGGAAAAGCACCUGUGCCGGAUACCCUGGCAGCCUUGGAUACUAUGAGACAGAUGCUCAGACCUUUGCUGACUGGGAUGUGGAUCUACUCAAAUUUGAUGGCUGCAAUAUGGACUGGACCUUGGUGGGAGAAGGAUACGUGAACAUGUCAAAAGCACUGAACAAAACUGGAAGGAGUAUCCUGUACUCCUGCGAGUGGCCUUUGUAUGAGUGGCACUUUAAAAAGCCCAACUACACGGCCAUCCGUGAGGCCUGUAACCACUGGCGCAACUUUGAUGACGUGUUUGACUCAUGGAGCUCUGUGAAGUCCAUCUUGGACUGGACUGCAUUUCAUCAGGACAUGAUCGUCCCCGCGGCAGGACCUGGAGGAUGGAACGACCCAGAUAUGCUGGUGAUAGGGAACUUUGGUCUCAGUCAUGCCCAGCAAGAGUCUCAGAUGGCACUAUGGGCCAUCAUGGCGGCCCCUCUGCUGGUGUCCAAUGAUCUGAGGGACAUCUGUCCUCGCUCCAAGGAGCUGCUGCAGAACAGGCGCAUUAUAGACAUCAGCCAGGACGCACUGGGCAGACAAGGAUACCGCACUGCCAAGGUGGACACUUUUGAGGUGUGGGAGAGGCCUCUGUCCAAGAACCGACUGGCUAUCGCUGUAAUCAACAUGUUGGAGCUCGGGGGGUCAAGAAGAUUUUUCAUCCAAGCGAUUCCUGGCUGGAAGAUCUGUGAACCCCAGUGCAACGUCACACAGAUCCUGCCUCAGUACCAGGAAAUGGGCGUCCAGACCCCCCGUAGCAAAAUACAUUUAUCAGUCAAUCCGUCAGGCACGGCUCUGCUGACCAUCACCCCCAUCCGAGACUUUACUGGCUCCCAUAAGGUGCAGUGGGAGGACACGUCUGUGAGACGCAAGCACACCAUUCUGUGAGCCAACAGGGUUAGGCACGUAACCAGCAUGCACUGGAUUGAUUUUGAAUGAACCAUUUUACUUGAGUUAUACAAAAAUUAUAUAUACUGUACAGCUGCUACUUUACCAUGAAUAAAAUACUGUUCACGUGC